AUGACCCAGAUUAUCGAAAUCAAUGAGGAGUAUGGCUAUGCCAUCGUGGAGCCUGGAGUAUCAUUUUUCGACCUCUAUGAAGAGAUCCAGAGGAGGGGACUGAAGCUUUGGCCUUCGGUUCCUGCGAUCGGCUGGGGCUCCGUCGUGGGCAACACCCUCGACCGAGGAUUUGGCUACACGCCCAAUGGCGAGCAUUCACAGUCUCAGUGCGGCAUGGAGGUUGUGUUGCCAGAUGGGACUCUCAUUCGCACUGGCUCUGGAGCGAUGUCCGAUAACGCCACGUGGGCGCUGUACAAAGGUCUGGACGGCUUGUUCUAUCAGUCAAACCUCGGAAUUGUCACCAAGAUUGGAAUCCACAUCACCCCUGCCCCCGAAGCCUACGCCACUGUCGAAGUCGAUGUACCGCUCGAGUCAGACCUCAUCCCCUUGGUCGGCACCCUCUCUGAUCUCAUGCGCCGCUCCAUUAUUCUCAACAGUCCCUCCAUAGCCAACAUCUUCCGCAUCGCCCUCACCUCUGAGAAGCCCGAAGUCCUCAGUCAGAUUGGUCCCUACAUGAAGGCAGACUCGUAUGUGCCCUACGACCUCCUCGAGAGGAUUCGGGUUGAGGAGAGGUGGGGUUUCUGGCGGGCGUAUUUCUCGCUCUACGGCUCAGUGGAAAUGCUUUCCGCGCUCAAAGCAACAGUAGAGCGUGCCUUCAGACAAGCCGUCCCCGGUGUGCAGUUCAAAUAUCGCGAAUGGGCCGGAUUGCCUGGUGCUGCCAUCUCGGCCGCGGAGGAUAUCAAGACCGAGGUGGUUCCUCACAGCGGUAUCCCAACGGUGGAACCUUUGGGGAUUGUUGACUCGAGAGGUGAACGGGGCGGUGGGCAUAUCUGUUUCAGCCCGGUGAUACCGCCUUCGGGCAGGGAGCUGUACGAUUGGUACCUCGCGGCCAAGAAGAGGACCGCGGACGCCAAGUUUGACUUCUUUGCCGACUUUCAUGUCUACCCUCGAUAUGUCAUUGCUAUUGAUCUGGUAAUUUACACGAUGGGUGAGGAGCAGAGGCUGCAUGAGCUGUACAAACAGUUGCUGCACGACGCGGGAGAGCAGAGGUUCAUGGAGUAUAGAACUCACGUGGGGUAUAUGGACACAGUCGCCUCGAAGCUCGAUUUCAAUGACUUCGCUUUUGGGAAGUUUGUCCAGACACUCAAGGAUACGUUUGAUCCAAACGGAGUACUUUCGCCGGGAAAGUCAGGAAUCUGGGUGACGGGACAGAAUAUGUAG